AGCAGAUGCCAAGAAAUCACAGAUUGCAAUUAACCCUUCACGAGGGGUAGACAAAAAUUUAUAGCCACGCCUCGCGGUUGUUUGUCAAAGAUCAAUUGGAUUAUACAUCGUGUGAUUUUUCGCACCAAAAACAAAUCAAAACCAUUAAUUGCAAACAAACUUUCCUAUUCGUCAAGUGGUUUGAAUGAGAUUUGUGUUGAACAGGAAUAUAUAAAUAGCUAAGGUAAUUGGUAAACCAUAAAGGAAUGUGGAUUACUAGACAGAAUAUUUAAACUAGUACGUAUAACGGUUAUUCGUCCGUGUGUUGAUGUUUUGAUAAAGACAUCCUCGUGUUAUGUAGUAUCAGUAACAGAUCCGCUUGACAGAAAGACUUUGAUAUUAUUCUGAUAUUAAUUGGAUUGUGUGUGUUUUCUAAAACUUACAUUUCCCUGCAGAUUUUAAAAUGAAUCUUAUCCAAUACGCCGUGUCAGUGACCAUGAUCAGCGUGAUAUGGGUACAGAUGCCGUCUGGCGCUGACUCAGAGAGUCCCGUUCCUCUUGUUGUUUACCAAUGGAAUCUUCUCGAGUUUGAGUGGCCCAACGACACCGUGAAACAGGCAAACAAGGCCAGCGGCGAGUACAUCCCCAACAACAGUGCCAUCAACGGAAUCAAACUUUAUAAGGACAAGGUCUUUGUCACCGUCCCGCGCCUCUUUCCCGGCGUGCCGUCGACGCUCAACGUGUUAGUCAACGUAAUUUCACCCGAUAUGACGUCAUACAACGUGGCGAGCUCCAAUAUGCCGUCAUUGAACGUGACAUUGCUGCGACCCUACCCCAACUGGGAGAUGCAGACGUUGUGGAAUUGCGACGCCCUUCAGCGCGUGCAGAGUAUGGAAGUGGACCCACACGCUGGUCUCAUGUGGAUUGUGGACACCGGUUACCGUGAGAACAUGGGGAAUCCCGCGCCAGGUUAUCGUGACGUCACCACUGUGCCCAAAGACGCGUGUCCUCCUAAGAUUAUAAUCUUCGACAUCAACAAACACUCCAUCGUCCACAAGUACACGUUCCCAUCGAGCGUUACUGGUGUCGGCAGAUUCUACUUAAAUGACAUUGUUCUCGGCUUCGAAAACGGAGCGGCUAGGUACGCCUAUAUCUCGGACACAUUGGCGUUCAAGAUCGUCGUAUACGACUAUAAAACGGAUAGUUCAUGGGCGUAUUCGCACCCAAACAUGGCGGCGGACCCUGUCUACAUGAAACUGACGAUUGGGAAUGAUACGACGACUCUCGUCACCGGUAUCAACGGCAUCGCACUUUCGCCAGAUUAUCAGUAUCUCUACUACAGCUCCGUGGCGGGUGUCGGCUUGCACCAGAUCAAGACGUCAGUCCUGAUAUCGGCGAGAGGCGACAACGUCAAAUUCGCAGCGGCCGUCCGAACGAUCGGCUCCAAGGUCUCCCCCGGCGACGGCAUGGCGUACGGAAGCGCCCACAAUCUCUAUUACUCUGCGCUUGGAAAGAACGGUAUAUAUAAGUGGGACGUCCGGAAGGAUCUAGGGAGCACCGGAAGUUUCGAUUCAGUGGAGAUGAAGACGCAAGCGAAGUUUGUUUCAGAUGCCCGAAUGGAGUGGGUGGACACGCUCGUCAUCGACGGCGCCGGCUUCCUGUGGUUCUCGACCAGCCGCCUGAAUAAGCUGUUUAGCGAGGGUGGCGUGCAGCGUUAUGAGCCGAACUUUUACAUUUGGAAGGUGUACGUCGGUGAUACCAACUACAUGACGGCGGCGAACCCAACACUGGGUGCCGGAAGUACCCCUGCUUCCAUUCUGAUUAUCUCUCUCAGUGCCCUCUUUGCUGCUUACCUCGUGUAGAAAUCAUGGACGGUUUCGACAGCUUCUUUUCAAAUUAUUCAUUGUGUGUGAUGUGUUUGUCCAUAUGUUUAGCGCUUCAAACGUGAUUCAUCAUUUUGCAAUAACUAAUCAAUACCCUUAUACUUUAUUCUAUUUUAAUGAUAAUCAUAUAGUGCCUUAUAUUUACGCAUGUGCAUUAGUGUCGCCCCAGAUUAGCAUGUGCAGCUGAUUUGUGUGAACUCUGCACGUUUCAGAACUCCAAUAAGCAUACGGCUUAGUAGUUCAUUUUGAUAAUGUUAAUGUAUUUUAAUUGUAUUCACCGUAUCAUAGUAUUGUGUAAAAUAUUACCUUUCCUGUUCCUGAAGUUAUGUUAUUGUUAACACUGGUUUACUUUUAAAUAAAGUCUGUGAACCGAUUACAGUAAUUUUUA